AUGAUCUUUUGGAGUAACUUGGUGAAGUUCAUGGAAUCGAAGUGUUGGUCAGACAGAACAGAGUGGCAACUGGUCAGUACACAGAUGCCACCAAUGAUAGCAGCUGAAGAAGACAUUGAGAACCUCGGAUAUAUGGAUGAAAACUUAUUUGAUGAAGUGGACAGGGAACCAUUAAUGGAGUACAUCGACAUGGAUUCAAGCUCAGAAGACAAACAAAGUGAAGGCACAGUGAAAGAGGCUGAGCAUAAACUAGUCGCUGAGACCCAGAUUGAUGAUGAACUUUUCAGACUCAUGGCAACAUGUCCAGAACAGAGUAAAAAUCUGGACCCAACAGUCAGUGAAGCAUUAGGUGGAGAGGAUAGGAAACAUUGGGAAGAGGCCAUGCAAAAGGAACUGGAUGGUUUGGAGGCUAUGGGCACAUGGGAGAUCACUGAUCUACCAAAAGGAGCAAACACCAUCAACACAUGUUGGGUACUCAAGAUCAAGACUGAUGUGAACCUUGUACCAACAAAGUUCAAGGCCAGACUUGUAGCAUGGGGCUUCACACAACACAAAGGUAUUGACUAUACAGAGGUCUUCGCACUGGUAGCACCCAUCCAAUCCAUUCAAGGGGUGCUUGCUAUUGCAGUGAUUUGA